CCAAACUCCCCAUCCUCCUCUGCUUCCACGGCGGCUUCUUCUGCGUCGGCUCCGCCUUCUCCGCCGCCCACCACCGCUUCGCCUCCUCCCUCUCCUCCCUCUCCCCCUCCCUCCUCCUCUCCGUCGACUACCGCCUCGCCCCCGAACACCCCCUCCCCGCCGCCUACCACGACGCCUGGACCGCCCUCCAAUGGCUCGCCUCUCACUCCACCGGCCUCGGCGACGAGCAUUGGCUCACCCUCCAUGCCGAUUUUAACAAAAUCUUCAUAAUCGGCGAUAGCUCCGGCGGCAACAUCGCUCAUUACCUGGCCAUGAAAGCGGGUCGGGAAGGGUUACCCAAUGGGGUCACCAUUUCGGGUGUCAUUGUGAUCCACCCCUUUUUUUGGGGGUCGGAUCCGAUGGCGGAUAAUUUGGUUUGGAGUCAUGAGGAUCGGAUAGGUUCUCGGCUUUGGAAGUUUGUUUACCCGGAUAGUCCGGGUGGGCUUGAUGAUCCGUUGUUGAACCCGUGUGCACCCGGGGCUCCGGAUUUGGCGGGUCUUGGGUGUUCUAGGUUGUUGGUGUGUGUUGCUGAGAAAGAUCCACUUAGGGAGAGAAAUUUGAAGUAUUAUGAGGCUGUGAGGGACAGUGAUUGGGUUGGAGAAGUUGAGUUGUAUGAAGUUGCAGGAGAGGAUCAUGUUUUUCAUGUGUUGAAACCUGAGGCUGAGACUAGUAAGAUGAUGAUGAAAAGAUUGGUUUCAUUCAUCAAUAAGUCUAUCGAUACCACAAAACAAUCUCAUGAAACCGAUAUAGAAUCGAUCACAAACCAAUCCCAUAUCGAUACAGAAUCGACCACAAAACAAUCUCAUGAAUCCGAUAUAGAAUCGAUCACAAACCAAUCCCAUAUCGAUACAGAAUCGACCACAAAACAAUCUCAUGAAGCCGAUAUAGAAUCGAUCACAAACCAAUCCCACAUCGAUACAGAAUCGACCACAAAACUAUCUCAUGAAGCCGAUAUAGAAUCGAUCACAAACCAAUCCCAUAAAGCAGAAGAGGAGUAAUAAAUGACUUUUAUGAUGGGUGCCAUCAUCUCUGAAUUAUUUUAUAUAAUUAAUUCAGUGUUCAUACAUGUAUAUUUUUCGCUAAUUAAUAGUCUUGUAAGUUAAAUUGUGUCCUUGUUUUUUUGUUUAUGUUUGAAACAAUGAUCGUUUUGGGAAGGAGAUUAAAAAUUGACUUCUUGAUUUUUUUUUUGAAAAAAAUAUAUAAAAAUGUGGGCGAUGUGUAAACU